AUGGGUGACUGGAGCUUCUUGGGGAACAUCCUAGAGGAGGUGAACGAGCACUCGACGGUGAUCGGCCGCGUGUGGCUGACGGUGCUCUUCAUCUUCCGCAUCCUGAUCCUGGGCACGGCGGCCGAGUUCGUGUGGGGCGACGAGCAGUCCGACUACGUGUGCAACACGCAGCAGCCCGGCUGCGAGAACGUCUGCUACGACGAGGCCUUCCCCAUCUCGCACAUCCGCCUGUGGGUGCUGCAGAUCAUCUUCGUGUCCACGCCCUCGCUCCUCCUCCUCCUCCAGGAUCUCAUCACAGAUCUCGGUGGUCUGGGCGUAGGACGACAGGGUCUCGUUGUAUACUUUGGAGACGUCCUCGGUGGGCAAGGGCGUGGGCAUGGACAUGGGUAUGGACGAGGACGCGGGCACAGAUGGGAAGUGUGUUCCGCGCGGCCACGACGGGGAGGGGGAGGUCUGCUGCCUGUUUGGGGAAUGGAUGCCCAGGGAACCAUGCAGAGGAGCUUAGAGGAGUGGGGAGGAGUGAGGAGCCCCUGAGCAACGGUGCUGUCACCGGAGGUGCAGGGGGGGAGGAGGUGAAGACU